GUUCUGUACACGCUGGUCCUGCCGUUCAAGUGGUGGUCAAAAGAACACGGGCGGAGCGCAGGUGGGACGAGACAUUCAAAAGAAUCGAUACAGUGCGUGCGUGCGGGCGAAUGGAUACAGCGAGAGAGCGUCGAAGCGAGCGAAGGAAUGAAUGACGAUGUUCACGAGUGGCUGCCGGAUUCGGACAAUUGUGCAAUUCCUGGAGAUCGGAUGAUGUGGAUGUUGAUGUUGACGUUGAUGACGAGCACGAGGAUGGCUGACGUUGGGCGAGAGUUUGAAAAGGUUGAUGGAUGGGUCGAUGACUGACGAGAGCGGCGAGAGGCGAUGAGUUUUAAGUGGAGCUCGUGGUUUUAUUUCAGUCUCGUAGUCGUGGGAUUGGGCUUUUGUUCUAUUGGAUUGAUCAUCUGGUUGUCGAAGGCGUUCAAGAGCGGGGUGUUCUGCGUUCGCGUUUUUCUGACUGCUCCUCAACGACUGAUUCUCAAUCCGCUGUGGUCUCACACAGUUCGAUGACUUUGUGUGUGCCUGGGAGAAUGAGACCAAGAGUUAUGCUUCGUGCGAAUGAUCAGCAAUUUGCUCUGGACUGUUUGAGAAAUGUUCACUUUUUGAAGUUGAUGAGCGUAGGCGAUCCUACUCCGCAGCAGUGACGUUUUGCAAGAAUUUUCUCUCCCAGUGGAAUAGAAGAAUGCGCUGGUGAGGUGAAUUUUGCUGACUAUGUGCUCGCAAACCUCCUCCCGCUUCACCUUUGUCAGAAAGUGCAUGAGGAAGAGCGUGCGGUUUUCAUAAUGAUGACUGUUUCACGAUCUGGGAAAGUUCUCAGACACGCUAUUGAGUCCAGUGGAUUCCUAUAGCUUUAAACGACUGGGAAACAUCAGAGGUGAAUUUUCGGACCGAUCUCCGUGAUGACUUCCGCCGGAGGUAAUGUUUUGGUGGUGCCACCAUUUGAAUGCUCCUGGCUUAUAGGUGACGAGGGGCGUUUCGCUGAGCCUGGGAAGGGAUGUGUGACAUUCGAGGCUAUGACCGAGAAUGAUAUCACCGUGGUUUUCAAGGAGCAUGCGGUCGGGAAACACUACCGUACUGAUAUCGGUCCUUCAUAUACUGUAGUAUUGGGUAGCCACCGCAAUCGGCGUUUCAAAAUAGAGGUGGAUGGUCGAACCGUUGUAGAUGUGGCGAGGGUUGUCCUGCAGCCUGCUCUUUUCGAACGCUACUGGAUCAAUGUGUACGAUGGAGUCAUAACUGUGGGUAAAGGUGAUCCUGGGAAGGGUGUUGUAUAUCAGUGGGUUGAUUCCAAACCUAACAUCAAGAUUCAGUUUGUUGGACUAAGUAGCUGGGACAAGCAUGUAGGUUACCGUCACAUUCAAGUGUUGCCACCUUUACAGCAUUCGAAAUCAGACCAUUUGGUUGAUGAGUCCGGAGGACUGGGACGCUACUUGGAGAGUGAGGACCUUGCAGAUGUGCACAUAGUCGUGGGAUCGGAAGGGAGGACUGUGCCUACUCACUGGCUUAUGCUCCAUCUGUGUUGUGCGAAGUUUCAUGAGUUUUGCAGCGCACCAGGAGAAGUUGUCCAUCUACCUCUUGUACAGUACCCGGUUCUACAUGCGAUGCUGCAAUACAUAUACACUGGAGUUACACAGAUCUUGGAGCAGGAUUUGGGUAUAUUGAUAUCAGUGGCCUCGGAAUUUGGCAUUGAGGAGUUGGUAUCACAAUGUGAGAAGUUGCAGAAUAAACCUAAGAGCCUUUCUGACGAAAGACUAAAGUAUGACAAAGGCGCAGGUAACUUUACCAUACGAUAUGCGGAGAAGCUAGAGACUACUGGGGCAUUUCUAUCUCAGCUGCCUAUUGAUCCACUUAAAUUGAGUCAAUUGUACAAAAAUGGAACCUGCAGUGAUGUGGACUUAUCUGUUGAUGGGUUUGAUGAGUUGGUGAGAGCCCACAGGCUUAUACUUAGUGCGUGGAGCAACCCAUUUGCUAAGAUGUUUACAAAUGGAAUGCGCGAGAGUAAAAAGGACAAUGUUCUUAUCAGAGAUGUUUGUAUUGAGCCCUUCUUGGUCAUGAUUGAUUUCAUGUACAAAGGGCACUUUGAACCUGGCAUCGAGGAGGACUCUGGGUCGAAUUUAUUGUCGUUGUUAAUUCUAGCUGAUCAAUUUGGAGUCCAGCUGCUACAGCAAAAAUGCGUUGAAGUUAUUCUAGAGAACCUCUCUGAGGAUUCAGCUUCUGCUGUUUUGCUUGUGGCAGCAUCCAUGCCUAAUUGUCAGGCCUUGUGUGACAGAUGUGUGGAAGUGUGUGCGAAGCAUUUUGAUUUCUGCGUAGCUCUCCAUGCUUUUGAGUUUCGACAACUAGAAUUUUCUUGUCUCCAGAGGAUAUUGCAGCAUCCUGAUCUGCGGGUUACAUCUGAAGAGAAGGUCUUGGACGCAGUUCUUUUGUGGGGAGCAAAUCAUGACGGGAUAUCUGGUUGGGAAGACGCGAGUGCUUACUUCAACGAUAACACUAUGGAAGCUUUAGUUUUUGACCGAGAGGAAGAGCUCAAAUGCUUGCUUCCACUCAUUCGUUUCCCUUUCAUGUCUGUUACCAUUUUGCAAAAGUUGCAGUCCAGCAAUCUUUGUAAAUUUAAUCAAACACUGAUGGAGCUGGUGUUGGAAGCUUUGAAGUACCUCGAGCAGGACUCGCUUGCCGCUUCAUCUCAAAGCAAUGUGGCUUGGCACGGUAGACUCGUGAGUUUUCCAAAGACUUCUUUGAGAUUCACUCCUAGACCUUCGACUUACAAAGAGCUACAAUAUAUUUGUGAUGGUGAUCGUAAUGGAGUAUUUCAUUACAUAGGCACAUCGUAUGGGCUUCAUCCGUGGAUGAAUCCUGUUUUGAUGAAGAAAAUCACAGUGACAGCAAGCAGCCCUCCCUCCCGAUUCACAGAUUCCAAAACAAUCGUUUCAGGAAACUUCCAGGGCACGUCAUUUGCUGGACCAUGUACAGAAGAUGGACGAGUAUCCGCCUGGUGGAAAGUUGAUCUGGGAAAGAAUCACCAGCUGAUGUGCAACUACUACACAAUUCGACAGGAUGGUUCUGCCAAUUUCAUUCGGUCAUGGUCCUUUCAGGGCUCUUCCGAUGGAGUUAAUUGGACUGAGCUAUCCUCUCAUAAACAUGAACAGACUAUUAGUCGACCCGGUCAAUAUGCAUCUUGGCCAGUACGUGGGCCAAGUGCAAAUCUUCCCUUCCGCCUCUUUAGGAUCAUGCUGUGUGGACCAACAACUGAUAUCUCAAAUCCCUGGAACCUCUGUUUGUGUUAUAUGGAGUUGUACGGCUACUUUCAGGCUUUCAAUUAGAAGAUCGGGCUUCCGACAUGCAGCUGGCGGACUUACCUUAAACUCUAAUUUGGCUCAUGAUUUGCAAACCUAGUCAAGCAUUGAGCCGUUUAGAUUUGGCAGGUUUAGAAGUCAAGAAGUAGUAGGAAGUAAUGAAAGAGGUUUGUAGCAAUUGGAAGCACAGACCUUGUAUACAUGCAUGCCUUGUAAUCCAAUUUUGACAGUAAGUUGUAAAAAGGUUACAAUAUCUUGAGGGUCGAAAGCGCAGGUGUCCAGGCCAAUCGAAUAUCAUCUUUGCGAUUUGGACCGAUUUGUGCGUAUCCCUUAUGCACAAACGCAGCGGAGGUGGGCCAUUUUCCACAAUCUGGACCGAGCAUACAACUGGUAGAUCAGUAAAAAACUCUAAAUAUUAAUUUACAGCCAGGCAUUUAUAACUGCAAGGCCCUGGAUGCAAGCUCAUCUUUUGUAUUUACAUUGUAGAGAUAGAAAAGUACAAAUUUUGUAUGUAUGGACGGCUAAAUAGUUGCACUCUGCAGAUUAAAGUACCGAUCAAAAGCUAGCGUGGACGAAUUUCAAACUCAUUCUUUAAUUAACACUGUCUGAAUGUUCUAUUUA